CGCAUUUGAAUUGAAGUUAUCAACUUCCGCUGACAAAAUAAAACCCGGAAGAAUAAAGUUCCACCAUUUUGCUACAAUACUUUUUACGUGUGCUCGAUAUGAUCAUGUACAUUUAUAGCCUGUGAAAAUUUACUAACAAAUUUUUAAUAAAUAAAUAAAUUCGUCUAACAAUAACGAUUACAAAAAAAUAAUAUUAAUUUUAAUAAAUUUUAUUUAUUUAUAAAUAUUAAAAUAUGGGACGUAAGAAGAAGAAGCAGUCAAGACCCUGGUGCUGGUAUUGCAAUCGUGAGUUCGAUGAUGAAAAAAUUUUAAUUCAACAUCAAAAAGCCAAACAUUUUAAAUGUCAUAUUUGUCACAAAAAAUUAUACACUGGCCCGGGAUUAAGUAUACAUUGUAUGCAGGUACAUAAAGAGGCAAUAGACAAAGUACCAAACUCGAUGCCAAAUCGUAGUAAUAUAGAGAUAGAAAUUUAUGGAAUGGAAGGAAUACCACCAAAUGAUUUAAAAGAACACGAACGCCAGAGAAACGGCGGUAGACCUGGAUCGCCAAGUUCAGGAGAAGAUGAGCCUGCACAAAAAAAAUCUAAACCUGAAGGUUUAUUAGGUUCAGCACCUGGAGCAAUGCCUACGAAUUCAGGGAUGAUGCCGGGUAUGAUGCAAGGUAUGCCAGGACACCACCCGAUGCAUCAAAUGGGACAAUAUCCUCCACCGAUGCAUCAUAUGAUGGGACACAUGGGUCAUGUCGGUCCUCCAUUCAUGCAAGGAAUGAUGCCGGGUAUGCCAGGAAUGCCUCCAGGUAUGCAACCGCCAGUUUCUGGGGCUUCGAUGCCAACGAGGCCGCUUUUCCCCGCUGUAGUUUCAACAGCAACGUCAUCGGUACAUAAUUCUACGCCUAUCGGUACUGAUUUUAAACCAAUAACUUCGGUAGCUGGUGGAUCUAUAGGUCCAAUAAAACCUACGUUCCCGGCUUACAGUAGUGAAUCAACUGUUCCGACGAAUAAUUCAAAUGAUCAGAAGGUUAAUUUAAUAGCGACGACAGGUGCCGCUAGUAAAAUAAUUCACCCGCCCGAAGAUCUCAGUCUCGAGGAAAUACGGGCGAGGUUACCUAAAUACCAACGUCGUCAGAACGACGAAUCAAAUCGUAAUUCUGCGAGCGCAGAAGCGUCACACCAAGCGGCUGUUUUGCAACAGCAGCAGCAACAACAGCAUCAACAGCAUCAACACCACCAACAUCAACAACAGCAAGCAGCACAACAGCAACAGCAAGCAGCGCAGCAACAACAACAAGCAGCUCAGCAGCAACAAGCGGCAGCCGUGAGUGCAGCGGCGGCAUUCCAAGACCAGCAGCAACGUCAGCAAGCUGCUCUGUCUGCCUUACAGCAACAACAGCAACGUUUUCAGAGGCCACCACAAAUGAUGGUACCUGCGACCGCUGCUAUUCCCGUGUCUUCCGUUGCGCUCAUGGCUCCGCUUAUGCGCCCAACGAUGACGCUCGCUGCUCCGGCUCUCAUUCACGGAGGUAACAUGAUGCGACCGCCCCCCAUGGGCCUGCCACCAGGUAUGCUCGGGGCAUUGCCCCCAGGUGCGAUGCAUCCAGCAUUCGCGACUCCAAUGGGAUUCCCUGGUGGACCGAUGUUAACACCGAUGAUGCAUCCACGCUUCAGAUGAUCACCUCAAACUAACGGGCCUAAUCCAUCACUGCAUUUUGUGCUUUGGGCCCAGCCCUGACUUUGUCUCAAGUGAAAAAUUUACUGACUCAAAUCCAUUGAUGUAAUAUAAUUAUUAUGCAAGAGCCGUUGGUUUAAAUUUUCAAGAGGACUGUCAUGUGCAAAGUCAAGAUAUCAACGCUACUGAUCCUCAGUUAACACGAAGUUAGCAAAAGCCUUUGUUUUUUUUUUUUUUAAUUAAUUAAUUAAUUAUCAAAUUAAAUAUUGUUACACUAAACAGCAUCUGGAAGUAACAAUCUGUCAUUAAUAAGCGUAAAAAGUAAUUCCAGGUACUGUUUAUCAUCCACAGGAUGUCCUAGUGUGGAUACGGGUGGCGCUUCACGCUGCCGCUAAAAAUUUUCUGAUUAUUUAUUGACAAAAAUAUUGAUCAAUUAAAAUUUUUUAAUAUUUUAAAUUGAAUUGUAGUUGAUAUUUAAUGGACGAAAUAAUGUUUCGAUAAAUAAAAUAAAAUGUUAGCCGCAGUGUGAAGGUUUCGGUUGCCUCAGGUUAGUCUGUCGUAAAUAUUUUUAUUUUGUUAAGAAUCAUUUAUAAUUCUUUAUUUAUUUAUUAACAACAUUUUUGCUAUUAUUUUACGUAUAAAUUUUUGUUUUAAUUAAUAGAUUAUUUGAGUGGCGUUGUUAAUAAAAUAAAUUUAGAAAAAUGGUUCUUCAUUUUCCAUUCAAGCUACUAAACGUGUCGACGACGCAUGAGUGAGUGGUAAGUACGGAAAGUGCUCACUAAAAGUUAUUAAAUUUUUUACAUUAGAAUCACGAAAUUUAUAUUUAUCGCUAUCGAAAUAUUUUUAUUUACAUUUUUUCUUUGGUAACAAAUCAAUUAGUUUAUUAAAUAAAACGGAAUAAAUUAUGUUAAAUUAUCGUUACUAUUACAUUCGAAUCUAAUAAUUAAAUUGAAAAUAUUAAAAUUUAUAUGCUGUGAACAAGUGUACGUACAAAAACUACGCAUUGUUAAAAUUAUUUCAUUUUACAAAUUGUCUUUUUGAAUAACAAAGAAUUAAAAUUUUUAAUUGAUCUUACUUUCAAAUUGAAUAACAAUAAAUUUAAACAAUUCAGCAAGACAAUCUGAAUUAUAAAAAAAAAUUAUGGAAAUUCAGUGAGUGUCGCCGAUAAUAUUUAUCUUUUUUUAAUUUUUUAAAAAAUAAUAAAUCUGUGGAAAGUUUUGGUGGGUUUAAGCACAGCCUGACGUUUUAGGAAAACUCAAAUGAAUUAUAUAUAUAAUUAAAAUAUAAAUAAAAAUAAUAAAACGUUUUAAAUAUCUUAAGAAGUAGUUAAAUUAACAAAUUGUUAUAUGCUUGUAAAAUAUUACACAUGUAAUUAAUUUAUUAUCUUUAAAUGUUUGUAUUAGGGUUUUUUAAUUAAUUAAUUUUUGUUUUUUUUUCUUUUUUGUUUAUUUAAAUUGGUUAAUUAUUAACAUGUAUUAUUUUUAUAUUGACAUAUUUCCUGAAACGAGCAGGCAAUAGUCUCUUACUGUUUAAAGCAAUCACAGCUUACAUCGCUGUUGGACCAAUUUUUUUAAUAAGUUUUGGUCCCUUGUCUUUUAU